AUGCAACAAACUGUGCAGGACCACAGCCCAUUUUCACUGUCUGUACUGCAGCCAGACAAAGCGGACAUUAGCGCUCUGAACCACCUUAAAUCACAGUGUGUGGAUUAUAGAAAUGGUGUCUAUGCAGUAGCCAAAGCAUUUUCAGCACCCAACACUCCAAUACACAUCAUCAGAAAGACGUGGGGCUCAGAACAAAGAACAACAUGUGAACUUGAUAUCUGCAGAAUUAAUACAGAAUUUGCAGAAAGAUCAAACAUCCGUUCCUAUGAGUGCCAUCACCUUCGAUCACUUGCAUACUGCCCACCAGCCGGAAGGGAGAUUUCCUUACUGACAGAGCAAGGUUUACAGACCAUGGUUGAUGAUAGGUGGUUUGGAAAGGACAAGAAGGAGAGAUGUUUGGCACGCCAGAGAGAGGCAAUUGACGCAGGAGUCCCUCUCUCCUGCCUAGUGACCGUUUGUGGGCCCAGCCAUAAAAAAUACAUUUCUGUGUUCGAGCCCACCAUUUCCUACUACAGCAGGCUCGGUCGAGUCAUGGUUACCUAUGAUGGCAAAAAAAUUUCUUGGCAUUGUCCUUGUGCUAAACCAAGGCAGUCAUGCCUUCACAAAAAUGUUGCAAAGUGGCACCUCUUUGAAGUGGACAGGGCACUCUUCCGGAAAACCAGAAGUGUGGAGGAGGAUAGUAUUGCACAACAUUUUCCCACCAAUGUGGAAGGUUUUGAGGCAGAGGAAGGAGCCCAGUACCCACCCGAAGGCCAGAAUCUGUCUCGGAUGGUUAGGUACAUCUUUGAUAAAAAGAAACUACCUGCAGUCAUCCCUUCAGAUGUGUUAAACUCUUGUAAUUUUCCUCUGAGCUUCACACCAUCUGAAGCCUUUUGCACAGAAUGUUCUGAGGUAAUUCCACUAAGUGAACCAUUGAUCAUCACAUCAAAAGCCAAAGUCCUGACGAUGACCAAUGUCAUAGAAGGAAUAUCAAUGUACAGGAAACAGUGCUACAGAUGUGGCAUGGUAUAUCGAUAUCAGGAGUGGUGUGAUGGUAUCUAUAAUUUUGACGACCACAUACUUCUGUCGAUACACUUGUGCCAUUUUCUGCGCAACAGUCUCCAGACUCACCAGGCUGUAGGAAGUGCAAUUGAGGUCUUGGAGAGGACCUCGGGUAAAGCCUUUCCUUCAAAAACAAGGAUCCUGCAUGCCUACUUGAGUUUUGAGGCACUGUCCGACCACACCUACACUUUUGCAUGCGUAACGUGUGGUUACCAUCCAGUGUCCGUCGUAAUGGACCUUCAUAAGGAGGGUGUUUUUAGUAUGCCUGUGAGCAGCAUUGAGGAACCACCAGAGGAUUUUGAUGGAAAGGUGAAUGCUGAAGAUUUCUGGGAGCGUGUUUCUCUGGAAAUGAUCAGCCGUGGCUUAGUUCCAAACAAUAAGGCAAACCCCUUUGUGGUUCGUCCGAGCUACCAUAACUGGGCUCCAUGGAUUGGUCCUCACACAAGAAGCGGGAAUCAUCUUCUCAAUACAGAAUAUCAGAAGGUGCAUUCUCCUUAUAGUGUGAAGGAGGAAUCCGAGUUUACCCUCACAGAGGACCGGCUAACAGAUCAGCUUCUAAAACUCAAGAUAGAGGCAGUGCGUUCCUUAUGUAGGGAGUGUGGCAUCGACCCCAAGGGCUCGCGAAUGGACUUGGUUGGACGACUGCAGCAAGAAAUGAAAAACAGAGCCAGUUACGACAAGGUGUUUUCACAGAUCUGGGGAGCAUCUGGUGGAUGGGCUGUGGUCACCUGUCCUUGUGCUGUGGUCUAUGGGGUCAAAUUUAACAUCAGAGCUGAGAGCCCACGGGACUUCACAGACCUUUUGUUUUCAAUGAAACAUUUUCCAAAUAUUUCAUUGUAUGACUUUGCCAGAGGGUUGGCAACACACACUGACAUUAGAAAACCCGAAACCUUCCAUCCUCAUGGGGGCAGGCUGCUAGAGCCUACAGAGGAAAACAUCCAUCUUGCAAAUUCUGGGCAGAUAAAAGUGAACUUACCGUGGCUACUCACAGAAAAGUCAGUGCCAGAUGUAAAUGGCCACCCUAUAACAGGAUCAUCUGAUCAUUAUGCCCUAUAUGAUCGUUUCCAUGAGGCUAAUUCUAAGGACGCCAGGGACACCUUGCGCAAGGUGGAACUGGUCCCGGAGUUGUGUGGUUGGCUCAAUAGCCAGUGUGCCGAACAGCUCUUCUCUGGAAUGAGAAAAAAUAACCAUUUUCUCAAUAUGAUGACUCCCUCCUCACACAUCUUUCUAAUGCGAAACAUCUUGCAUCACAACAUCAUCAACAAAAACUCCCGAACCAUAGAGAAC